AUGCUGAGCUUCUUCCGUCGAACCCUCGGGCGGCGGUCAGCACGUAAGCAUGCCGAGAAGGAGCGACUCCGAGAAGCCCAGCGAGCUGCCACACACAUUCCUGCAGCUGGAGAUGCUAAGUCCAUCAUCACGUGUCGGGUGUCCCUCCUGGAUGGUACUGAUGUUAGUGUGGACUUGCCGAAAAAAGCCAAAGGACAGGAGCUGUUUGAUGAGAUCAUGUACCACCUGGACCUUAUUGAAGGCGACUAUUUUGGACUGAGAUUUAUGGAUUCAGCACAAGUAGCACAUUGGUUGGAUGGUACAAAGAGCAUCAAAAAGCAAGUAAAAAUUGGUUCACCCUAUUGCCUGCAUCUUCGAGUUAAGUUUUAUUCCUCAGAACCAAAUAAUCUUCGUGAAGAGCUAACGCGGUAUUUAUUUGUUCUUCAGUUAAAACAAGAUAUCCUCAGUGGAAAGUUAGAAUGUCCCUUUGAUACAGCAGUUCAGUUGGCAGCAUAUAACCUGCAAGGUCAGACACCAGCACAAGCUGAAACCAAUUAUCUGAAUAAAGCCAAGUGGCUGGAAAUGUAUGGAGUUGAUAUGCAUGUGGUCAAGGCUAGAGACGGGAAUGACUAUAGCUUGGGACUAACUCCAACAGGAGUCCUUGUUUUUGAAGGAGAGACCAAAAUUGGCUUAUUUUUUUGCUUUUAUCACGUGCAGGGCAAAGAACAGGAGCAUACAUUUGUCUUUAGACUGGAACACCCAAAAGCAUGCAAACACUUAUGGAAAUGUGCCGUGGAACAUCAUGCCUUCUUCCGCCUCCGAGGCCCAGUCCAAAAGAAUUCUCAUCGAUCAGGAUUCAUUCGAUUAGGAUCACGAUUUAGAUACAGUGGGAAAACUGAGUAUCAGACCACAAAAACCAAUAAAGCAAGAAGAUCAGCAACCUUUGAAAGAAGGCCCAGCAAACGAUAUUCUCGAAGAACUCUACAAAUGAAAGGUGAAGUUGUUCACAAUAAUGUUUCAACUCAGAGUGAUGGCUCCCAACAGGCGUGUGGUCUGAGACCUCCUCUGCCUGUGAUGUCUCCUCUUCCCUGUGGUCCGGCACUGGCGGAGAAAGAGAAUGUUCCUCGGAGUCCUGGGGUAGACCCGCACGACAGGAAACGGCUGCCUGCGGCCAGCGACUGCUGUCAACGUGGUGGACACCAGUGGAGCACACGGGCCUGGCCCCCACCCCAGACCGCACAUAGAAACCACACUGACUGUGUCCACGAGCACAGUGUGAAGAAGGCAGGAGUCCACCAUGACGCUCACUUCCCUGGCCAUUCAGCCAUGACCGAGAUAUGAGCGUCAUGCAAGCUGAUGGUGUCCAUUUUCUAGUGUAUAGAGGGAACUGAUCAC